CUGGACUAAAUGAAAAUGCUGGUCAUCUUUGGAAUCUUGGUGAUGUUCACAGAAGCUGGAGUGGGUUUGUUGUCCAUAAACCCUGUUUGUAGAUUUACUCAGAGUGAUCCAUGUUAUGGAGCUGUGGGACGACCGCUGUACCUGCAGCUGCCAUCUGAGGAUGAAUUACGCUUAAAGAAGAACAUCAAUGGAGUUCCUACUGAGCGUAUUUUCAGAUUUAUAAACCAUAACAUCACAUUAAACCAUUCAGUUUAUCCAAGAUGGCAGUUUGUUACUGAUAACAGAUCCAUGAUAAUCAGCAGUGCAGAGAAAAGAAACUCAGGAAGAUACACUUUAGAAACAUAUGAUUCUGCAGGGAAUAACAGAGGCGUUUAUCAUCUCCAGCUGGUUAUUGAAGCUGUGGUGCCCUCAGUGACUGUGACAGACAGCUGCUUAUCAAUUGAGAAGAGGAACGUUUACUGUUCGUCUGAUGGAGAUAAUGUGCACUAUAACUGGACUUUCCAACAUACACACCAACUGGCUGAUGGGAACCAGACUCUUCUGCUGGACAGGGCAGCUCAUGGAAGUGUCACCUGCUAUGCUCAGAAUCAUGUUAGCCAUGGACACAAAACUAUUGAGAUACAGCAGUGUCCUGGAGACAUUGUGUUUGUGUCAGUGUGGGUUUUGGAGAUUAUUAUUCUGCUGUCAUUGUUAGGAGGCUUUCACAUCUACGCCAGAAUCCAAAGAAAACAGAGCAAGAGAGCAGCAGAAACUCCUAGGUAAGGAAGAGGAGAACCUGGAACAAGAAGACAGAGAGCAUCAUUACAGGAGAUAAACCAUCUCACACAACCGGAACAAUCAGCAGAAGACAACCAUCAAUAGAGAAAAAAAGAAAACAGGCUGAGGUCAUUCUGAUAAUUAAGGACACUGGUGGACUGAAUUGACAAUAAAAAUUUGCCCAUCCAACUAACAAA